GAGAGAGAGAAAGAGAGUGAGAGUGAAACAGAGAGAGAGAGAGAGAGAGAGAGAAAGAGAGAGAGAGAGAGAGGCAGACAGACAGACAGAGGUCGCUCACAUGUACUUCUCAACUUCAGAGCUAUCAGUUAAAAAAUGAAUACCAAACAAUUAAUGACUGAUUUGUGAAGCUCUGAACUUCGGCUGAACUUCAGGUUCAACAUUUUGGCUCGCAGGAUAAUAUGAUAGCUCGAGAUAUUUUACCUGAACUCAUGGGUCCAAAGAAAUGCUACUAAGAGGUGGACACUGCAUCUGGGGCCUUUCCUGAAUGUGUUCAACCAUAAACAGCGCUCUUCCCUUUAGUUUCAGUUGUGAGGGACCAGUAAACUCUAACAGACUUCAUGGGGGAGUGUCGAUGUCUAGCACUCACAGAUUCAGUGCGAGUGGCAGGGUCUGGGCCAAUUAUUCUCAACAAUCAGAGAUGGACUGGACCUGGCAGGAACUAAUGGCAAUCACAGAACUGCAGGAAUUUGAGGUCCCCAAUGAGAAUCCAUUUGAGGCUGGUCCAUACAUCUCCAUGGAGCCAAUGGUGCAUUAUGGGAGUUGUGGAAUGAACCUGGCAGAACCUAACCCACCCACCUGUCAGGCAAGCCCUGCUGCUGCUUUUGAAGCUGGGUAUGCUGAUGCAAUAUCCCCGUACCAACGCUUGAACCCAAACAUGGAGAUGCACUAUGGACACAGCGGGUGCCAGGCUACCAGAUUACCACCAAAUGCACCACCUCUUCAACCCCCACUCAUGAGCCUGUUGGAUCCCAUGAACAUGCCGAACACCAAUCAGGGACAGGGGAAAAACUGCAACGGACACCCAGACGAUCUUGAGUCAGACUCUGGUCUUUCUUUGGGCUCAAGCCCACCACUUGCCUCACCUGAGAACGAAGUCCAUGGGGCACUUACAUAUUUACCCCGAGACAGUUAUACUAAUGGUGACAUAGACUGCAUUGGUGACCCAUGUCACAUGAGACCAAACAUAAAUGCUCCUGUGGAUUAUUCACACACGUUUGGGGCCUACUCCGGACAUUCCUACUUUCCAGUUGCACCAAACCCACAACAUGCCCAGCAGCAUGUGCCUCAUUCACAUCAACACAUAACAGCCAUGAAACAGCAGCUUUUUCCUGCUACUCUGCAUGAUCCACACGCAAGCCACACAAGCACACCAAGAGCAGUCUCUUUCCAGUCACCACACCCCAAAACAAAAGAGGUUGGUGUCUCUAGCCCUCUCACCAGGGACGAGCGGAGAGCAGUAGCACUCCAAAUCCCUUUUCCGCUUGACAAGAUAGUCAAUCUGCCCGUAGAUGACUUCAACGAGCUAUUGAGCAGACAUGCACUAAGCGAUGCCCAGCUCACACUUGUGCGCGACAUCCGCCGCCGCGGCAAGAAUAAGGUGGCGGCGCAGAACUGCCGGAAGAGGAAGUUGGAAAACAUCGUGCACCUGGAGCAUGAGCUGGGCCAGCUGAGGGCCCGCAGGGAACAUCUAACACGAGAGAGGGUAGAGUUCCAACAAAAUCUCACCAUGCUGAAGUGUCGUCUCUCCGAGCUUUAUGCUAAAGUAUUCUCCCAGUUACGGGAUGAAGAAGGACACCCGUAUUCUCUGGAGGACUAUUCGCUCCAACAAAGUAAUGAUGGUAACCUUUACCUCCUGCAACGAAACAACUCGCUGGAUGGGGAAUAAACGAGGGUCUUACAAUUAAGUGCAUGGUUAAAAGUUGGAUGUCCCAAAAACAUUAGAUAUGCUAUAAAUGUUUUUAUGGG